CCGAAAAUGUCUUAUGGUCAAAAACCUGCAUGGGCUAGAUCUCAAGGCUCUCAACAGCAAUUGAACCCAAAUUUGUUUACUGGCCAAUUGGGGCUUGCAACGACUGGACAAUCCUUUGGAGGAAUUCCAGGAAUGCCGUUAGCCGGUUUAGUUAAUCAAGCUGCUUUUUCAAGUACAAUGGGGAUGAAUAUGCUAGCUCAAGCUCAACGUUCUCAAAUGCUGCAACCUCAACAACAACAAAUUCAACAAGUACAAUCACGUCAACAACAAUCAUCACAGCAGCAACCAUCUUCUUCUCCUGCUCGCUCUCAACGUACUUUUAUUGGUGUUAUUACUAAAAUGAUGGAAACUUAUGGAUUUGUUGACGAGGAUGUUUUCUUUCAAACAAGUGUUAUCCGUGGCACAAUGCCCCGUCUUGGUGACCGUGUUAUGGUAGAAGCAAAUUACAAUCCUUCAAUGCCGUUUAAAUGGAAUGCUUAUCAAGUUCGUCUUAUCAAUGACACUUCUCAAGGCGGUGGAGGAGGUCUUCAACAACAACAAGCUAGCCGUCAAUUACCACCACCACAACAACAAAAUGGAAUGAAUUCGUCAAAUCGUUGGGCUGGUAGUGGUGGUGGAGGGGGUGGAGGAAGUAGCGAUCGUCGUAGUAACAUUAGAGAUGAACCGCGAAGACAAGUACCUUCUACAAUUCCUCGUCGUUCUUCUCCAGUAGCAAAGCGUCCAUCUUCGCGUCAACGUACUCCACCACGUCGUACAACACCUCGUAAGCGCGAAGCGUCGCCUAGAAGAGAAGCUUUUGGAAGGAAGGAGCGAGAACAUGAUCGUGGUGAUUCUUCUUCAGUUCGUGGACAAUCUACUAAACUUGAUGCUGAUUCUUCGCCUCCAAGACGUCGUCAACGUAUCAUUCCUCGUUAUCAUUGUAAUAUGCCGAAGCAGACUUUGCCUUUGGGUGAUAUGAAGAACGCUGAUUUGCGACGACGCUAUGCUAGUUUAUAUAUUCCGUCCGAUUUUAUUCGAUGCAGUUUUGAUUGGAUUUCUUCUAUUCCGCUUGAAACUCCAAUCAAAUUUUCUCCACAUCCAAUCAACUUUCAUGUUUUGCAUAAAGAUAUUGAUGCUCCUUUGGCUUUGGGGGAAGAGGCUCCGAUUGAAAAUCCUGUUGAUGCUGAUUAUCGUUAUAUUGUUAAGGUAAUGCUUAUUUCACAUCCUGGUUUAAUGACAAUCCGUCGUAAAUUGAGUGGACUUAUGUCAGACGGAAGUAUUGAUGAAGCUACAGAAACUCAACCAUUAACAAAAACAAUUCAAUUACUUGUUGGUCAUCGCGGCAAAGGCGAAUAUAUGUGUAUUGGAGGUCCAUGGUCUCCUUCUUUGGAUGGUCAAAAUCCUUUGGAUCCUGUAACAUUGGUUAAAACUGCUAUUAGAACUACUAGAGCAAUGACUGGGUUAAAUCUGUCUGACUGUUCUAAAUGGUACAAAAUUGCGCACUUGCGUUACUUGCGUGCUGAACGUCAACGUAUUGAUUCUGUUGUUCUAAUGCUUCCGGAUACAAGCGCAAUAGAAAGUUUUAAAGUUGAUGAGGAAAGCUACAAAAUUUGUGAACAAUCUUUACGUGAUCAACUUGCCGUUAAAUUGGCGGCAAUUGAUGCUGAACAAUUUAAUAAUGAGAAGAAAGAAACGGAAGGGGAAAAUGUUGUUGAUGGGGAAAAGUCUGUUGUUGAAAAGGGUGUUGGUGGUGGGGGGAUAGAAAAGGCUACUACAACGACGACUACGAAUACUACGACUUCUGCUGCUACUUCAUCAACAUCAACGUUGGUUGCUACUUCUGCUCCUGAAGUUGGUGUUGAACCACCAUCAAAAGAGAAUAAUGCUGUUCCUGAUCUUUGUAUUGCUACUGAGGAGGUUCUUUGUUAUUUUGGCAAAAAAUAUGAUGGUGGUGUUGGUGCUAUGGACUCUUCAUCUCCUCAAAAAUCUGCUGAUACUUCUCAAGAAACUCUUCAAUCUCCCAAAAAGGAAACUAAAACACAUUGGUCUUUGUUGGAACCUGUUGUUCGUACAAUGAAGGUUGCUGAGCUUCGUGAAGAACUUGAAUUGCGUGGACUUGAUUCUAAAGGAUUAAAAAAUGUGUUGUCUCAACGUUUGUCUGAAGCUAUUGGAAAAGAAAAGGAAAAUGAUGAGAAAAAUGAGAAUCAAGUAGGGCAACAACAACAAGAAAAGCCGGCAGAUGAAGCAAUGCCUGAUACUGAACAGCAACAACAAAAUUUGGUUUCAAAGGAACAACAACAACAAGAAGAAGGAGCAAAACCAAAUGAACAACAACAUUCUGCUCAGAAAACAACUAGUGAACCUAGUAUAAUGGUUAAAAUAAAGGAAGAAAUUAUUGAAUUGAUGGAAACUGAUGAAGCGCCUGAAGAGAAGAAGGAAUCACCUGAAGAACAAGCAAAACGUGAAAAAUUGGAAAAGGAACGUCAAGAAUUGGAAAAAGCUAAAGAAAAAUUUGAAAAAGAAAAGAAAGAACGCAAAGCUACUUUAGAACGUCAUUAUAGCCAAAUUCCUAAAGAACCUGGAAUUUUUGUGUAUCCAAGCAAAACUGCAAAAGGUGGAAAAUUUGAAUGUAAAUUGAUGUCUAUACAUUCAUUAUUGGAUUAUCGUCAAGAUGAUAUUAAAGAAUCGUCUUUUGAGGUCUUUAUAUUUGUUGAAGCUUUACGUGAAGCAAUUGAUCGUUCCAACGCUUUUGUUGUUUAUCACUCUGUGGCAACUUGUUUAGAUCGAGAAGCUGAAAAGAAGCGUCGAAAUGAAACACUUUCUGAAGCUUGUAAAGAUGAAGAUGUUGUUGUAAUAAAUGAAAGUAGUGGUGGUGUUGGAGGUGGGGGAAAGGAAAAAGGAGAAGAAAAAGAGAAGGAAGGAAAUAAAGAAGGAGGUCAAAAUUCUGAUAAACAACCACCAAAAUCACCUCUAAGUUCUUCAACAGAUUUGCGAACAAAUUUUAAAGCAAUUGUUCACAAUUUGGAUCUUUUUUCAGCUUUUGUGCAUUUUGAUGGAAAUAUUUGCGGUUAUUUGACUGAUCGCGAUUUGGAAGAGAUAAUAAAUUCUACAGGAUUAGACUUGUCUCGUGGCGAAGUUAAAAAUUUGGUUAAAAAAUUGGUUUCAAAGGAACGUAUUAAUUAUCGUGAUUUGACUGAUAAAUGGGUUGAUAAAGAAGGGAAUGUUAAAUAUAUACCUGAACCUGUAUAUCAAGGUGGAGGAAGUUUGUUUGAGAGUUACAAGGAGUUGGCUAAUGGACAUGCUAAUUUGGAACUGCUGUCAGUUUCUUCAAACAAUAAUUUACAACCAACACCUAAUGAGGCUUCUUCUGACAUAUUCUUUUAUGAAGGCAAAAUUGUUAAUAUUAAACAAUGUAUUCAACAACAACAAGCUAUGGAAGAAGAACGUCAGGCUGUUUUGGAUAAAAAUAAUGAAUUGGAUUUACAAUUGAAAACAACAAAAGAACAACGUGAUAUAUUAGAAAAGAAAAAGCGUCGUCUUGAAGAUGAUGUUGACCGUUAUAGAAAAAAAUUGCAUGAUGCAGAAAAGAGUUUGAAAAAGGAAAAGGAUGAUAAUGAAGUUUGUAAAAGGUCUUUGACUGAUUGUAAACGUUAUGGACAACGAAUUAUUUCAAUUGUUGAAAGUGUAUUUCCACCUCCACCGCCACCUAAAGUUGCUACAAAGGAAGGGGAAAAUGUUAAGAAUAAUAAUGGUGAAAAUGGAGGAGGAAAGGAAGCUGGCAAGGAGGGUGGGAAGGAAGCUAAGGAGAAUAAAGAAAGCAAGGAAACGUCAGCUUCUGAUGUUGUUGUUCUUUUGGAUGAAUGUAAAGAUGAUAGUACAACUAAUAAUUCUUUUAAGGAAGAGAAUAAUCAGGCACAAAAAGAUGAUAGUGAUUUAAUUACUGAACCAAUAAGUGUUGAAAUGGUUGUGACUGAAGGAGAAGGUGGUGAAAUGACCAAACAACAAAUGACUAAACAAGGAGUUGCUGAUGAGCAAAAUUUGGAAAAUAAAAAUGAGGGUGGGGAAGAAGGGAAGUGA